GCAUGCCCACGUCACUAUCUGGGUAUUGUAAUGUGUAUAUGGCAAGUGCAAAUUUGAAACCAUUCUUCGGCUAUCCGUAGCUGAGACAAUAGCCUAAAGUUUAUAAUUUCAAUCGCUAAACAUCACUUGGUCGUGAAGGUGAUAAUGCGGCAUUGGAAGAGAAAACUCUGUGGAUGGGUAUCUAUGGCAGCCAUGGCAAUCUUCGUUUUACUUUUCAAUAUUAACACUCCGAUUAGGACACAUUUUUCUCAGAAAGGGAGCAGACUUUUGAAAAGUGACGACAGUGUUGUUGCGAUUGAGUUUCCUUACAAUAACCAAACGGAGCGCUCCGACCACAAAGUCCCAGAUGUGCCUUUUGAUGUGUGUAAGAACGCCCAUUUCGCCAAUCCCCACACCUAUCCGUUGAUAGCUCUUACUGGUGUGCCUGGAUCUGGGAAUACAUGGACACGAUAUCUACUCGAGAGAGCCUCUGGAUUCUACACUGGCAGUGUAUAUCUAGACAAGAAGCUUUUUGAAGGAGGUUUCAAAGGAGAGUACGCGCGGUAUACGAGUGGGAAGACAAUCAUUGUUAAAACACAUGAUAUGGGAUCAUCAUCAACAACGAGUCUAUUUGAGGGAGCAGUUCUCAUAGUUCGAAACCCAUAUGAUACUUUACUUUCUUACGCAAACUUAGUGAGCGCUGGUCAUACAGGAUGGGCAUCUCGUCAAUAUUUCUUUUCUUCUGAUUGGGACGCGUUCGUCGAGAGUGCAUCCAUCGCGUGGGAAGAUCGCAUCAUUACGUGGGUUACCCGUAAAAACGUCAUGGUCGUAUACUUCGAACGACUUCAAUCCCACCUCCGUCAGGAGAUAGUGAGAAUCCUCCAAUUCUUAAACGUUCCCAUCGACGAUCACAGAAUAGACUGCACGGUGGCACAUCCAGAAGGAAAUUUUCAUCGUAAGAAAGAGGAAAGAAAUCGGACUUUUGACCCUUAUACGAACAAACAUAAAGCAAUCAUUGACAUGCAUGUGAAAUCAACUUCGAAAGUACUCCGCGAAAAUGGAUAUUUAGAUGGGGAUUUGCCAUACUCUGGUUUAUCAAAAUUAGUAUAACACUGAAUAAGUUUUUACGAUCUUUGGUUAACGUAAGUAAAUGUCAUUCUUUCAUUCCUUUUGAUGGGUUCGGUUUAAUUCUUUGUGAAAUAUUUUUUUUCCACAUGCGCCAUGCCUGCCCGCUACCCGAAUUUUUGGUUCAUUACAUGACUGUGUACAACACAUUCCAGUUAGAGAGAGACGAUGAUGUCACAAUUUCUUUCGUAUGCCAUUGUUACAACAAACAUGAUUCAACAUAAAUGAAGAUGCUUCAGUGUUAUCAAAUCUGCAAGAUGUUGAAUAUAAAAUACAUUUCAUGUAAUGGAAUACAAAAAAUAUAGUGCAUGACAUCAUUGUCUCUUUCAUAUGCAUAUUGCCGCGUUGUGCAUAAAUGUUUUCGCGAAAUUAAGAGUGCCAAUCACACGGUCAAAUCCUUUUAUGUCCUUGUAUUAUUCUCAAGAAGACGAGGGCAUGCAUUAUUUUGUGCAAUAAAUACAGUCUGAUUACA